AUGCUUCGGAGUCUUUCGGCCAAGGCCCCUGGACGAUCAAGAUACACUGUACAUGCGAAACGGCACAUGCAAGCGUCAAGUGCUUCGGAAGCUGCGGCGGUUCUGGUCAAGCAGCUGAAAGAAGCGGAGGAGGAUUUCAGUGCGCUUUUCGGGGAAAAGGCGCGGAACAUCUUGGACGCACUGGAUGACACCGAUGGUGAGGCCAAGGGGCUCUUUCAGAAGCCGCCGCAUGGCCAUCGCAUGUCUCGGAUGAGUUCCGACGAUUGGCUGCCGCAGCUCUUCGAGGACACGGAGCAGUCCGCGUCUUUCUCGUCUCUCUCGCGCUGCCAGCGCGCAAGAAUCUACUUCCAGUCGGCCAGCUACGAGAUGGUCAUCGCGUCGUUGUUGUGCAUCAACGUCAUGUGGAUGGCCUUUGAACUCCAGCUCUAUGGUGCGCAGUCUGGACAGCUUUUGGGCAUUGACGAGGUGACGCCCAUGGACAAGGCGUGGUGGGAUCACUUCUUCGAGGUUGGAGACAUCGCCUUCACAGGCAUCUUCACCGUGGACGUCCUGCUGCGGAUCACCAUUCUGCAAAGCGACUUCUGGCGAGUGUGGCUCAACUACAUCGACUUUGCGGUCAGCUUGAUAUCAGUGGCCGAAGUGGCGGUGGCUUACGUCAGCCAAGGGCUUCCCGUGAGUCCCAUCCUCUUCCGCCUGCUGCGGAUGGGCAAGCUGGCGCGUGCCUUCCGCAUGGUAACCAUGUCCAGCGUGCUGAAUUCGUUGCAACUCUUGAUCAAGUGCUUGGCAGCCAGCAGGGACAUGCUGCUCUGGAGCUUCUGCUUGCUCACUUUCGUCCAGUGCGUGGCCGGGCUUAUUCUGUCCACGCUUUGCCGCGACUUCAUCGAGAACGAGUCUGGUGAUGUGGUUGUAAGAGAACAGGUGUUCAGGUACUACGGAACGUUCACCCGAACCAUCCUCUCCAUGUUCGAGAUCAUGUUUGCAAACUGGGGGCCGCCAUGUCGAGUCGUGGUGGAGAAUGUGAGCGAGUGGUUCUCCAUCUUCUUCCUCUGCUACCGAUGUGUGCUCGGCUUCGCCGUGCUCAACGUGGUGAACUCGGUGUUCGUCCAGCAGACGAUGAAGACCGCCAGCUCCGAUGAGGAGCUAGCUUUCAGGCAGAAAGAGAAGGACAUCGCCUUGUACAAUAGAAAGGUGAAGAAGCUCUUCAAGACAAUCGACUCUUCUGGGGAUGGCGCGAUCAAUCUGGAGGAGUUCUCCAAGCUGGUGAAGUCUCCGAAGCUGCAGUUUUGGAUGAGCCAGCUGGAGUUGGAGUACCAUGAUCUUCUCAGCUUGUUUGAGUUCUUGGACAAUGGGGAUGGCCAGAUCACGAUGCUUGGAACAGAACACCUUCUCAAACCAUGGGAAGACACAAUCGGCGAUGGCCAUUUGUUAGCCAUGUGA